AUGCAUAACAUUUUAAUCCAUGGUCUGUGCUCUGUUGGGGAGCUCGAUGAUGCGAUGAAACUCGCGGCGGAGAUGGAGCGUUGGAGCUGCGUUGCGAAUCUUGUGACUUACAACACGUUGAUGGAAGGAUGCUUUAAAGUUAGAGACAGUAAUAUCGCCACAGUGAUUUGGGGUUACAUGUAUAAGAAGUGGUGGGGAGCUGAUGUUGUAUCGUAUAAUAUUAUGCUGUCAGGGUUGUGUAUGUGCGGCAGAGUUAGGCACGCUAUUGAGUUCUUUGAUGGUGCUCGAAGCCAUGGCAUUGCCCCAACCCCAACUGUUGUCGCAUGGGACAGGGGAGAGAGUCGAGAGACGAAGCGGUUUAUAAGGAAGAAGAAAGAGGGAGGUGAAAAGAAAUCAUUAAAAGUGAGUUAA